AUUGUUUACUGUCGUCCCUGAAGCACGAAAUCAUGUUCAGAAAGGAUCCAGAGAAAACUCAACUGGUCACAGAGAAAGGCACCAUGUAUAGCAUCACCAUGGGAAGGUAAAGUAGCCCGUUCAUUUAUUGUCUGAAUGUGUCAGGCAGUUGUUUUCAAUGUUGUCAUUUACAUUUAUGAUAUCUGUAAACAAGUUGAGCAACUUGAGGAUGAGUUGUUGUUUCUCUCACUUGAAGCAAAUGCACAUGAUUAGGACGAUAUUAUUAUUUUAUUGUGCUAAUGAAUGAUUAGGCCUAGUUCUCACAUUUCAUACGCAGUCACAUUUAUUUUAGUCAGUUUAACGUGACAGUUUGUUUUAUAAUGUUUUAUAUACAGCAGACAGCCUUGAGUUCACCUUUUUAGGCGUUCUCUGUACUCAAGCUCAGCCUGGGCUCCUGCUAGGCUGGGUGGGUUAUAGCCAACAAUAUGUUACACACGGGUCUAGUUCUGUGCUAGCUGUAGCGGUGCACAAAGUUGGACGGUCGAGAACACGAGAAUCCCCUUCUCUUGAAACUUGUGACGUUGGAAAAUAAAUGUUGGAUGAUGUCAAGGGUGUUGAGCGCCCAUGGUGAGUUUCGUUGACAUUUUAUUUGAAUUGCUAUUUUUGAUUUAUAGAAUAAAACGUCGUUUUUUGAUCAUCUAAAAUAGCCUAUUACCCUCGCUCCAGUCUUGCGUAAAAAGCUUUUUGCGCACGGGUUCCAAUUUUAGAAGUUCACGCUCCUUCUGCCUCCGAUGUUAAACUUAAUUUAGGCCUAAUUGUCAUGCUUAGAGUGCACGGUAUAUUUAGUUAUUUCAUAGCAUCCACACCAAAUGUGGCGUUAACUCUCUCCCAAAGUGUUGGGGAAGCUACUCUGAAAAUAUACUGUAGUUGACCAAUUACUUAACACUGGAAGAAGUAAAGCUACCCUUAAGAAAAAUAUAGUUUACUUAAAGGGGCAAUCAGUAGUUGAUACCUACAUUUUUGGACAUACAUUUAUGAUAUGUACCCACUGAUUCUUGAAGAAUAUAACUUAAAAAUUCCUAAUGAGCUUAGUUCAACUGUCAAAACCCAUCAGAAUCCAAUAUAUAGAUAUAUAUAUUUUUUAACUAGGCAAGUCAGUUAAGAACAAAAUCUUAUUUACAAUUACGACCUACACCGGUCAAACCCGGACGACGCUGGGCCAAUUGUGCGCCGCCCUAUGGGACUCUCAAUCACGGCUGGUUGUGAUACAGCCUGGAAUCGAACCAGGGGGUCUGUAGUGACGCCUCAAGCACGGAGAUGUCGUGCCAUAGCCAGCUGCGCCACUCGGGGAGGCCAAUAUAUAAGCUUGUUGUAUUUUUGUUUUAUUCUAAUGUUUAUAAACAAAUUAAAUGUAAACAAAGUAAAUAUAAACAAACACUAUAUAGCCUCAAAUCAUGGUUAAAACUAUAAUUUCGAUAUCAUUGAUGAUCAGUCCUUGCAUCCAUAUUUCUGUCUAUGAAUUUGAGAGUGUUUACAUUUCUGCAGUCCCAUCCUUCAGCUUUUUACCGUAACAGGAGCGGGGAAUACGCUUUUUUAUUGUUUCUACUGCUGAUUGCUAAAGUUACUUUGAAAAGGUAGUUCACUACAUCCAAAUUACUUUGUGAUAAACCAUCAUAUCUAAAUCUGAAAUGUCAUAGACAAAAAAUGUUUCAAGUGAGAAUUGGGCAGGUCUGUUGCUGGAAAAGAAAGGAAAUUCUGCCCUACUUCACACACAUAUAUAUAUAUGUUUGUUUUUGCAAAAAACAAGUACUGUCUAGUUCCAGUAGUUCGCUAGACUGCUACAUGGCAAAAAAGUAAUAUACUACUGAAAACACUACCAAGAUUUGAAUUAAAUUAAACUACGGCCAAGCUACUGCAAAAUGUAUUUAAAUUACUAGUUGAACUACAUGUAGCUCACUACUCCCCAACACUGCUCUCCCAUCACAUCCAUGAUCUGGUCCCUGGGUGGCGAUUUAAAGGAAGGAUAGCCCUGGAGCUACAAGGUUGAACAAAGUCAGUUAGUCAGUUAACAGAUGCAACUGGUUCAAUGUUCAGUAGUACAUGGACAAGCGAAAUAAAGGUCCCCAAUGACCCCAAUGUACCAAUGUACUGUAUGUCUCUCAUAAGGCCCUUAGCUAUGGAUAUAACCCAAAUAAUGUAAAUUGUCAACAUUGGCGCUAAUAAGGCCCCCUACCAACCUGGUCUUCCUGAGGGGUGUCCUUUCAUGUACCAAACAGGCUCUGCAAUGGAGGCAGACUGUAUAUGCCACUGACUGUAUUUGGUGACUGUAUUUGGUGACUCUAUUUGGGUAGUAUUUGCCCUGGGGUGUUGGAAAGAGAGGGUCAACAGUUGACUUUAUGGCAGACAGUAAAAACACUUGAGGCACUGGUAAUGCUACGGCUUGUAACCACAACAUACAAGAUUGUUACAGUUUUAACGAUGCUCACUAACUUAAAAAUACUACUGACAGAAACAUCUUACUAAAAAAUAAGUAUGUCAUGCUUAAUACAUACAAUGUAAUUAAUAUCACAGACAAUGUAAUUCACAUUAUGGAUGUAGAAUUUACAUUUUGAGAAAAAUCACCUAAACCUACACUGUUAACGAACAAACACCCUGAGUGCACUGGCGUUUCUUCUCUCAGCCUCAUGGCAAAAUGUGUAGAAUAGCAUGAGAUUAGCUAUAAAACUGCAUAUUUUUCUCUUUGCCCCAUGGCAAUAUGUGUAGAAUUUUUUUUGCCACUGCCUGAAUGCCGAUACUGAGAAUUAGUUUUGGGCUGUGGAAGUGCCCAAAUGCGCAGCUGAGUACAAUAAGUGACGGCACACCUAAGGUGGUGUCACACCCUGGCUCUGGGACUCUAUAUGUUGAGCCAGGGUGUGUUCAUUCUAUGUGUUAGAUUUCUAUGUUGGUAGUUCUAGUUGUGUUUACUUCUAUGUUGGCUAGAGUGACUCCCAAUCAGAGGCAACGAGUGUCAGCUGUCGUUGGUUGUCUCUGAUUGGGAGCCAUAUUUAAACUGUCUGUUUUCCCUUUGUGUUUGUGGGUUCUUGUUCCGUGUUGGUCAUUGUUACCAUGGACUUCACGAGUCGUUUCUUGUUUUGUUUAUUGUUGUCUAUUAUCACUAAAGAUAAUAAAGUUAACCAUGUUCGUUCAUCACGCUGUGCCUUGGUCCUCAUCUCUGUUCGACGAUCGUGACAGAAGAACCCACCAUAAAAGGACCAAGCAGCGUGUCCAGGAGCAGGCAGACUGGACAUGGGAGGAAGCGCCGGGAAAGGAGAUGGAGAGGUUGGCGAUGGCCCAGGUGGGCAAAGUGUGGUCCUGGGAGGACAUGCUCGGGGGAAAAGGGCCAUGGGCUAGGUUUAAGGCCCUGGCGAGAGAGGAGCAGCGGCGUCAGCAGUGUCAACGUCGGACAGGCGAGAGGCAACCCCAGAACAUUUUUAGGGGGGGGCACACGGCAUGGGCGGCUGGGCAGCAGGAGGCUGCCACAGGGCGAUUUGGAGAGGAGGCCACCGGGUUAGGGGGGCCAGAAGGCAGGUUGGCGGAGCCUGGAUGGAGAGCGGAACCAACUUCCCGUACUCAGGCAUGGCAGCAUGGGACGGGGCAGGUUCCGCGGUAUGCGGAGCGGCGUACUGUGCCACGAGUGGUCCGGCAUAGUCCUGUACGUCCUGUGCGAGCACCCCGCACGUGUCGUGCGAAGGUGGGUAUGCAGCCAGGACGGAGUGUGCCGGCUCAACGCUCGUGGUCUCCAAUGCCUCUCCGCGGUCCCGGAUAUCCUGCUCCAGUGUCACGUGCUGUUAUGCCAGUACGGGUACACAGCCCUGUACGUCCUGUGCGGAUGCCUCACACAGAGUGUGUGAAGGUAGGCAUUCAGCCAGGACGGGUUGUGGCCGCUCUUCACUCCAGGUCUCCUAUCCGUCUCCACAGCCCGGUUCGGCCUGUCCCUUCUCUACGCACCAAGCCUACGGUGUGCGUCGCCAGCCCGGUCCGGCCUGUCCCUGCUCUACGCACCAAGCCUACGGUGUGCGUCGCCAGCCCAGUCCGGCCUGUCCCUGCUCCACGCACCAAGCCUACGGUGUGCGUCGCCAGCCCGGUCCGGCCUGUCCCUGCUCCACGCACCAAGCCUACGGGGUGCGUCGCCAGCCCAGCCCGGCCUGUCCCUGCUCCACGCACCAAGCCAGGGGUGCGAGUCGUCAGCCUGGUAAGGCCCGUUCCUCCUCCACGCACCAAGCCAGGGGUGCGAGUCGUCAGCCUGGUAAGGCCCGUUCCUCCUCCACGCACCAAGCCAGGGGUGCGCGUCGUCAGCCUGGUAAGGCCCGUUCCUCCUCCACGCACCAAGCCAGGGGUGCGCGUCGUCAGUCCAGCACAACCCGUGUCUGUUCCACCGGUUGCUGGUCCAGCACCGGUCAGAUGCUCCACUACGGAGCUGAAGCUAACCGCUCCUGCUAAGUCCAGUUCAGCUCCAGCCAGCGGGGCCAGACUGGACUAGGGGCGCUAUGGGGGGUUUAUUGGAGGGUGGUGGGCAAGGCCGGAGCCAGAACCGCCGCCGAGGAGGUAUGCCCACCCAGCCCUCCCCUGUUUUGUUCAAGUUGAGGCGCGGUCGCAGUCCGCGCCUUUAGGGGGGGGUACUGUCACACCCUGGCUCUGGGACUCUAUAUGUUGAGCCAGGGUGUGUUCAUUCUAUGUGUUAGAUUUCUAUGUUGGUAGUUCUAGUUGUGUUUACUUCUAUGUUGGCUAGAGUGACUCCCAAUCAGAGGCAACGACUGUCAGCUGUCGUUGGUUGUCUCUGAUUGGGAGCCAUAUUUAAACUGUCUGUUUUCCCUUUGUGUUUGUGGGUUCUUGUUCCGUGUUGGUCAUUGUUACCGUGGACUUCACGAGUCGUUUCUUGUUUUGUUUAUUGUUGUCUAUUAUCACUAAAGAUAAUAAAGUUAACCAUGUUCGUUCAUCACGCUGCGCCUUGGUCUAUUCAAUACGACGAUCGUAACAGGUGGGCUCAACUCGAGAGGGACAUCCUUUCUUACAAACUCUGCUCUGACUCAGUCUUUCUCUCUUCUUUCCAUUCCCCCUCCUCCUAAUUCUUGGACGACUUUGAUGACAUCCAUCUCGCUUGUCUGGUCUUUCUGGGCACAACUCGAGAGGGACAGCUAUUCUUACAGGCUCUACCUCAGUCUCUGCUUUCUGUCCCCCCUCCUCCUCCUCCUCCUUCUUGGACGAAUUUCAUGACGUCAUCUCUUUUGUCUUCCCACCCAGUCCCCUUUUCAUCCCCCUCUCCUCCUUCUUUUUGGAUAAUCCAUAUGUCUGUUGUCUUCUCCCCCCACAGUGUGUCCACAGAUGAGAUAAUGCAGAUGGAGAAGGACAGCAACAUCAAGCACUGCCAUGACAACAGCCAAGCUAUGGAGGACAGGGAGCGGGAGAAGCAGUUGGCCAGGAAGAGGCUCUACGUGGUCUCUGCUGUCUGCCUGGUCUUCAUGAUCGGAGAGAUCCUGGGUGAGGGGUCAAAUGAUGCAUGACUAUUGACUAGCCUGUCAAUUAGUUAGUCAGUGUGUCAAUGUGUCUGUCAGUCAGUCAACAGUCAGUUAGUUAGUUGUUAGUCAAUCACUCCUCUCUCUCUCUCUCUCUCUCACUCCGCUCUCUCUUUCUCUGCCUGUAGGUGGUUACUUUGCAGGGAGUCUGGCGGUGAUGACAGACGCCGCCCACCUGCUGGUAGACUUCGCCAGCUUCAUCAUCAGCCUGGUGUCUCUGUGGCUCUCGUCCAGACCCGCCACACGCACACUCAGCUACGGCUGGCAUCGUGCAGGUGAGAUCCUCAUCAUCAUCAUUGUCAUUAUUUAUCUUUAUCAUCAUCACCUUCAUCUUCAUCAUUAUCAUAAUAUGCUCAUCCUCAUCAUCACUACCAUCUUCAUCAAUAAUCAAUACAUGAUGUAUCCCAAUAUAAUGAGCCACUUAAUGCGUGUGCUUUAUACUCUUUCUGGAACAAAUAAGUAGAAGUGGAGUAAUUGAAUGUGUUUAUAGAAAAGCAUACCUAAUGGUUGUUUUAGCAUUGUGAUUAUGUAUCCUUUACAAUAGGAACCUGACAAUUCAUACUUAAAAAAUCAGAAACCAUUAGAUGCAUCAAUUCCCUUUCAGGUGAAUAUUUGUGCAUAGGACAAUGGUUCACUUUUCAACUGGAGUUUUGUAAAACUAGGCUACCUUAUGUCUUGGCACUUAUUGGAGACCUUUCUUCUUGGGUAUCACUAUGUGGUACGUCUGGCACUGCAUGGUUGUGCCGGGCACUGCUGGCAAUAUCAAAUGGCUAUUCCUGCAGCUCUUUACUGUAAUAUAUCUGUCCAUGACAUUUCUAUCAUUAUAGUCUCUUAUGUGUUCCAUUUCUCUCCUCUCCUGUGUGUCCUCUCCCUCUAUCCUCUAGAGAUCUUGGGUGCUCUUCUCUCGGUGGUGACCAUCUGGCUGGUGACAGGUGUGCUGGUCUACCUGGCUGUGCAGCGCCUCAUCAGUGGUAACUAUGAGAUCGAGGGGACCAUCAUGCUCAUUACCUCAGGCUGCGCUGUGCUGGCAAACAUCAUGUGAGUCCACCGACCCCAAAUGCAGCCCAUUCGUUCGACUGCUUGCUAAGGUUACUGUUAGGGUUAGGUUUAGAAUAAGGGUAAGGGUUAACGUUAGGGUUAGAGCUAGGGUUAUGGUUAGUAGAUAGUUAGUUGAAAUGUUACUGAUAGUCUGUAGAUAGUCUGUAGAGCAUCUACAGAUGGACUAUCCAAAUAAAGUGUUACCCAACAGUAGCAAGUAGAUAUACAGGUAUUGUCAUGUAAACAGCCUACAGAUAGAUACACUACCAUUCAAAAGUUUGGGUGGUCACUUAGUAAUUUCCUUGUUUUCCACGAAAACAUACAUGAAAUGAGUUUGAACAGGAAAUAUAGCAAAAUGAAUAGGAAAUGUAGUCAUUGUCAAGGUUAGAAAUAAUGAUUUUUAAUUGAAAUAAUAAUUGUGUCCUUCAAACUUUGCUUUCGUCAAAGAAUCCUCAAUUUGCAGCAAUUACAGCCUUGCAGACCUUUGGCAUUCUAGUUGUCAAUUUGUUGAGGUAAUCUGAAGAGAUUUCACCCCAUGCUUCCUGAAGCACCUCCCACAAGUUGGACUGGCUCGAUGGGCACUUCUUACGUACCAUACGGUCAAGCUGCUCCCACAACAGAUCAAUAGGGUUGAGAUCCGGUGACUGUGCUGGCCACUCCAUUAUAGACAGAAUACCAGCUGACUGCUUCUUCCCUAAAUAGUUAUUGCAUAGUUUUUUAGCUGUGCUUUGGGUCAUUGUCCUGUUGUAGGAGGAAAUUGGCUCCAAUCAAGCGCCGUCCACAGGGUAUGGCAUGGUGUUGCAAAAUGGAGUGAUAGCCUUCCUUCUUCAACAUCCCUUUUACCCUGUACAAAUCUCCCACUUUACCACUACCAAAGCACCCCCAGACCAUCACAUUGCCUCCACCAUGCUUGACAGAUGGCAUCAAGCACUCCUCCAGCAUCUUUUCAUUUGGUCUGCGUCUCACAAAUGUUCUUCUUUGUGAUCCGAACACCUCAAACUUUGAGUCGUCUGUCCAUAACACUUUUUUCCAAUCUUCCUCUGUCCAGUGUCUGUGUUCUUUUGCCCAUCGUAAUCUUUUCUUUUUAUUGGCCAGUCUGAGAUAUGGCUUUUUCUUUGCAACUCUGCCUAGAAGGUCAGCAUCCCGGAGUCGCCUCUUCACUGUUGACGUUGAGACUGGUGUUUUGUGGGUACCAUUUAAUGAAGCUGCCAUUUGAGGACCUGUGAGAUGUCUGUUUCUCAAACUAGACAUGUAUUUGUCCUUUUGCUCAGUUGUGCACCGGGGCCUCUCACUCCUCUUUCUAUUCUGGUUAGAGCCAGUUUGCGUUGUACGAGAUCUUCAGUUUCUUGGCAAUUUCUCGCAUGGAAUAACCUUCAUUUCUCAGAAAAAUAAUAGAAUGACGAGUUUCAGAAUAAAGUUAUUUGUUUCUGGCCAUUUUGAGCCUGUAAUCUAACCCACAAUUGCUGAUGCUCCAGAUACUCAACUAGUCUCAAGAAGGCCAGUUUUAUUGCUUCUUUAAUCAGCACAACAGUUUUCAGCUGUGCUAACAUAAUUGCAAAAGGUUUUUUAAAUGAUCAAUUAGCCUUUUAAAAUGAUAAACUUGGAUUAGCAAACACAACGUGCCAUUGGAACACAGGACUGAUGGUUGCUGAUGGCCUCUGUACGCCUAUGUAGAUAUUCCAUAAAAAAUCAGCCGUUUCCAGCUACAAUAGCCAUUUACAACAUUAACAAUGUCUACACUGUAUUUCUGAUCAAUUUGAUGUUAUUUUAAUGGACAAGAAAAUUGCUUUUCUUUCCAAAAAACAAGGACAUUUCUAAGUGACCACAAACUUUUGAACGGUAGUGUAUCUUCCACAGCUUGAAGCAUCCAUGUAUAAUGCUUCAUAACAUGUUGUAAGCAUAUAUGAGCAUUUAUAAUGCCUAAUAACAACGCUUUUAAUAUGUUAUGUCUUUCUGAAUGUCCUGUGGGCAGUAUGGCUUUUACCCUGCACCAAUCUGGGCAUGGGCACAGUCACGGGGGCCUCAGCAGCGGGCACGGCCACAGCCACGGCACUAACGACAAGGGCAACCAUGGGCACAGCCACGCGGCGGGCGAUGGGCAUGGGCACAGCCACAAGAGCAACCACUCACACAGUAACGGUAACCAAGAAAACCAUUCCCAUGGAAAUGGCGACGUGGAGCAGCACGGUGGGGUGGACGGUCAGCAGCAGAAGUCGGCGGGGUCGCGACCUCAGGCCAACGCCAGCGUGCGCGCCGCCUUUGUGCAUGUCGUGGGAGACCUGCUCCAGAGCAUCAGCGUGCUGGUCAGCGCCAUAAUCAUCUUCUUCAAGGUCAGUGGUCAGAGGUCAACUGGGGUGACAUGGGAGAGAUUGAUCAACUGGGGUCAUGUGGGAGGUAGUGGUCAACUGGGGUCAUGUGGGAGGUAGUGGUCAAACUGGGGUGUUGGGGGAGAUAGUGGUCAACUGGGGUGGAGAGGGCGAUGGGGUGAGAAGAUUAGGGCUGAGGCACAAUGGGCAUGUUAGAUAAGGAUCAGGCGGAUGUUAGUGUUGACACACUCUUCCUGGAUUUUGUAAGAUGUCAUUUUGACCUGGUCAUUUAGAUAGCUCAAUACUCAUUGCAUUAGAAUGAAACAAACAACAUGUCACAGCCCAAAUAGUGCUGCCGAGGCUGCAAAAAUGACCCUCUUGACAAAUGAAUUAAGUAUCACUGCAGUACACAAUGGACUGCUCUGUUACAGUAGUUUACUGUUCAUUUCACAGCAAGCCCAGUGUGACCUUUAGACUCUUCCCCCUCUUCCUUUCUGUGUGUGAUAAUCUCUCAAAAUCUUCAUGUGCUGAGCAUGCACCUCCUUAGGCACUGAAAUCUACUGCGAAAGUAUUCACACCCCUUGGCAUUUUUCCUAUUAUGUUGCCUUACAACCUGGAAUUUAAAUUGAUUUUUUUGGGGGUUUGUAUCAUUUGAUUUACACAACAUGCCUACCACUUUGAAGAUGCAAAAUAUUUUUUAUUGUGAAACAAACAAGAAAUAAGACAAAAAAAAUGAACUUGAGCGUGCAUAACUAUUCACCCCCCCCCCCCCCCCCCCCCCCCCCCCCCCAAAGUCAAUACUUUGUAGAGCCACCUUUUGCAGCAAUUACAGCUGCAAGUCUCUUGGGGUAUGUCUCUAUAAGCUUGGCACAUCUAGCCACUGGGAUUUUUGUCCAUUCUUCAAGGCAAAACUGCUCCAGCUCCUUCAAGUUCGAUGGGUUCCGCUGGUGUACAGCAAUCUUUAAGUCAUACCACAGAUUCUCAAUUGGAUUGAUGCUGACCUAGGCAGAGUUGCAAAGAAAAAGUCCAGUGUCUGUGUUCUUUUGCCCAUCUUAAUCUUUUGUUUUUAUUGGCCAGUCUGAGAAAUGGCUUUUUCUUUGCAACUCUGCCUAGAAGGUCAGCAUCCCGGAGUCGCCUCUUCACUGUUGACGUUGAGACUGGUGUUUUGCAGGGACUAUUUAAUGAAGCUGCCAGUUGAGGACCUGUGAGGCGUCUGUUUCUCAAACUAGACACUCUAAUGUAUUUGUCCUCUUGCUCAGUUGUGCACCGGGGCCUCCCACUCCUCUUUCUAUUCUGGUUAGAGACAGUUUGCGCUGUUCUGUGAAGGGAGUAGUACACAGCAUUGCACGAGAUCUUCAGUUUCUUGGCAAUUUCUCGCAUGGAAUAGCCUUCAUUUCUUAGAACAAGAAUAGACUGAUGAGUUUCAAUAGAAAGUUAUUUGUUUCUGGCCAUUUUGAGCCUGUAAUCGAACCCACAAUUGCUGAUGCUCCAGAUACUCAACUAGUCUCAAGAAGGCCAGUUUUAUUGCUUCUUUAAUCAGCACAACAGUUUUCAGUUCUGCUAACAUAAUUGCCAAAGGGUUUUCUAAUUAUCAAUUAGCUUUUUAAAAUGAUAAACUUGGAUUAGCAAACACAACGUGCCAUUGGAACACAGGACUGAUGGUUGCUGAUAACGGGCCUCUGUACGCCUAUGUAGAUAUUCCCAAAAAAAUCAGCAGUUUCCAGCUACAAUAGCCAUUUACAACAUUAACAAUGUCUACACUGUAUGUCUGAUCAAUUUGAUGUUAUUUAAAUGGGACAAAAAAAAUGAUUUUCUUUCGAAAACAAGGACAUUUCUAAGUGACCCCAAACUUUUGAACGGUAGUGUAGAUUGCACACAGGUGGACUUUAUUUAACUAAUUAUGUGACUUCUGAAGGUAAUUGGUUGCACCAGAUCUUAUUUAGGGGCUUCAUAGCAAAGGGGGGAAUACAUAUGCACGCACCACUUUUCCGUUAUUUAUUUUUUAGAAUGUUUUGAAACAAGUUAUAUUUUUAAUUUCACUUCACCAAUUUGGACUAUUUUGUGUAUGUCCAUUACAUGCAAUCCAAAUAAAAAUCAAUUUAAAUUACAGGUUGUAAUGCAACAAAAUAGGAAAAACGCCAAGGGGGGUGAAUACUUUUGCAAGGCACUGUAACUCCAAUACUAGAGAAUUAUGUAUUUUUUUUAACUGAUAUUGCUAGGAGGCAAUUCUCAAUAGAAUGAUCCCUUUUGUGAUGCUGUACAAGCACAAACGUUCAUUAACUUGAGAUAGAGACAUCAUAGAUUUCCCAUGUGUGCUCUACCACAAGUAUGUAUUUUAGCUCAAGUUAAAUAUAUUGGGGGGAAAUGUAAUGACAAUGUAAUGAUUAUGGUCCUUACUCUCUCUUUCUCUUUCUCUUUGUUUCCCACAGCCCGAGUAUAAGAUAGCUGACCCUAUCUGUACAUUCCUGUUUUCCAUAUUUGUCCUGGGAACCACCAUCACAAUUAUGAGAGACAUCCUGCUUGUCCUCAUGGAAGGUAGUUUUCUCUAUCGCCCCUGUUUCGGGAUUAUGUCAAAGUGGACGUCUUAUUGUAGACUAGGAAUGACUUAUAGGGACAUCAGCCAUGAGGAUAUGAUUUGUGCAAGAGUUGAUGAUUGCAACAUGACUAAAACUUUUGUGGGCAUAAAAGUUGCCCAACUUUUGUGCCUAAUCCCUCUGUGUCUCUAAUCUCUGUGUGUGUGUUUUUGCAUGUAAUGAAAUCCAUAUCUCUCUCUCUCUUUCCCUCCCUGUCUCCCUCUCUAUUUCUCCCCAGGUACCCCAGCUGGAGUGAAGCACGGUGAGGUGCGGGAUCGGCUGCUGGCAGUGAAGGGGGUGAAGUCUGUCCAUAGCCUACAUAUCUGGGCCCUGACUAUGAACCAGACUUUGCUGUCAGCACACGUGGCUAUUGGUGAGUAUAGCUGGACCAGGCUGUCAGUAACCUACUGUUAUGUUACAACUCCCAUAUAUAAUGAUGAUGAUGGCUUUAUUGUAUCCAUGACACAUUUUGUUGUUUGUCAUACAUCAUACAGUAUGAAACUUUCUGUGGAAAUACCACUGCUGUUUCCACUAUAUGUGUGCACUGCAUGUGACUUGAUCAGACCGUAGUGACUUGCAAAAUUGUGAGUUGGUCAGUGUCAUCAUAGUUGCAUUUCCUUUCCCACCACAGAUGACGUAGUGGAUGCCCAGUCAGUCCUAAGGGAGAUGACCCAAACCUGCUUCUCCAACUACAACUUCCAUUCAGUCACCUUACAGCUGGAACAACAGGCCGACCAGAAGCCUGGGUGUAGCCUGUGUGAGGAUCCCAAAAUGUAG